AUGGGUGACACAAACAAGUUUGAGACUGUCCCAUCGGGGAAGAAAAGUCCCGCUGAAAAACGCAUUGUUUUGAACAAUUGCCAGGGCGGAAUCGGAAUAAAAAUUGUUGGUGGAAGGACUAGUGGUGGACCUAGUUAUGGAAUAUUUGUGAAACGAAUUAUAGCUGGUAGCGUUGCAGAGAAAACUGGCGUAUUAAAAGAAGGAGAUAAAAUUAUUCAUGUCAACAAUGAGAGCCUUCAUGAGGUUACUAAUGAAAAAGCAAUGAGCGUUCUUGUAAACGCAGCCAAGGCGGGAACUGUAACUCUGUUAGUAGAAAGAAGUGCAUUUGCUGCACAAGAGUAUAAUAAGUUACUUGGAGUUUUGAGAAAUGGGACGGCAAAGUAUGGUGAUUUUUCUGGCAGUCACAGUUUCGAACGUUCUACAGUGGUUUCACCCACCCUCAUUGAAAAACGGUCAUGGGUUUUAGCCAAUGGUAGAAUGUCACCAAUGUCAUCUGGGAAUAUGUCUCCCAGAGGUCUGGAGUUUGGAAAGGAUGGUACUAAAGGUGGGGACCUAUCGAAUACAGUGGAUAUGCUUAUAAACAGUGAACGACCUGCAUCCCUUGCCGAGUCUAAUGUUGAUUCGGGUUUACAGUCUUCGUCAUCCACCUUGAAAAGUUUAACGAAUGUAAUGGUUACUCACAUUCCUGUCACAAAUGGACUGGGUAUGAGUGUCACAGGCGGUACCAACCAUUCAGAUGGUCCAGUUGUGAUCGUUAAAGAGCUUGUUAACGGUGGCGAUGUUUUUCAUGAUGGUCAAAUUCAACCUGGCGAUCAGAUUGUUAGUAUUAAUGGUGAGUCAUUUCUUAAUGUUACACAUGAGGAAGCCAAGAUGAAACUGACCCAAGUUAAACUUCGAGCAGAGAGUGAAUUUGAGAUAACCUAUGUGUGUCAAGGUAUGGUCAGCAGAGAGGCGAGUUUUGGUGAGGGCAAUCUGGUUGGAACAGGGGAACCAGUGGCAACAGUGGUUGGUAAAGCGGAAACAAACAAACAAGUUGAAAGCUCUCGGUUAUUUGAUCAGCAUAAUCUUGAUGAAAAUGGUAAUUAUGGUACAACACAAUCUUAUCCAACUAACCACUUCUCUUCAAUCAUGCAAUCCUCAAUACAACCAUCAUCUAUACAAUUUUACCUUCAACAAGACCUAAGAGGGUCUCGUGAGUCAACAACUCCUAGGGAUACAAUGCCGGACACUGCUAGGAAACCUCCAAAGCGUCGACUUUCUUUGGCACCAGCAUCCAAACUUCGUAUUGAAAAGUUGGAAGUUGCUUUGAGUUAUUUAGGGGUUGAGUUAACAGCAGAACAGCAAAAAGAAAUCAGAGGGAAAUUGCAUAUUGAUGUAAGUGGUUGUGUUUCAUACGGUGACUUUGUUGAUGUUGUGCAAGAUGUUUUAAGUGUCGAGUUAAACGAUCAUAGUGGGGUACUUAGCAGAACCAAAUUGCAGUUUGCUUUGAGUGGUUUGCAAAAGAAUGAAGCACCUUUGGUUCAAACCUCUCUAGUAGCCAGACAAGCUUCUCCAAACGUCAUGGACAGUCGUAUUGCAGACCUGACAAGGCAACGUGAUAAUGCAUUAGCUGAGGUUGAUUUGUUAAAACAACAGUUAGACGAAAAGCAAAGUUUGACAUUAUCCGAAGUAGAACAAAUGGAAAGAAUAAAAAGAACUGCAGAAGAGGCACUGGAAGAGAGCAUGACCCUCAAAGACCAGGUCUACCUUGCCAGACAGGCAACAGAAGCUGCUGUGCGGAGAGAUGAGGAUUAUGAACAAGUUAUCAGAUUGUUAGAAGAUGAACUUCGUCUUGUGAAGACACAAGGCACUCCCAAACAACAAGAGGUUCAAGAUUUACAAAAGAAGGUCGUUGUUUUAGGAUGUCAGUUGCGAAAAAAUGAAGUUAUGAAAAGGACCUACGAAGUUUCUACUCAAAAGUUACUAACUCUUGCAGAUCGUGUUUAUGAUUACCUGAAACAUGGUGGGGUGUCUCCAGCAAGUUCCUCCAUCUCUCCACAGACCCCUGGUUCACCACCAUCUUACUUGCCGCAAAGAGCAAUGUUACAUAAACUUGCAGAUGAAGCUCUAGAUGUUGCACAUGGUGUAAGGGUAUUACUUGAAGAAGAGCCUCUGCCAUUUGGUUGGGAAGAGGCAUACACUAAUGAAGGGGAACGAUAUUAUAUUAACCACAUGAGUCAAGUGACGUCUUGGUUACAUCCUGUUACGCACACAACUAAAGUUAGAGAAAAAGAUGUGUAA